CCCUAUUUCAUGUGUGUGUGGUUUAACAAACAAAGAGGAAUUUGCCAAUUUUUUAAUUAAAUAAACCCGUUUUAUUUCAUGCUUAUCAAUUUUAUCGUAUAGGUCUUGUAACCGAGUAGUCAAACUGGAUUGAGGAUAAUGAUGGACUCGGACGCGUCCGGAGCGGACUUCUGCCGAUUCUGUCGCUCCGAGGCGACGUCGGACCGGCCAUUGUUCCACCCGUGCAUCUGUACCGGGUCUAUAAAAUGGAUACAUCAGGAAUGUCUCGUUCAAUGGAUGCGAUACUCGCGAAACGAGAUCUGCGAGUUGUGCGGACACCGGUUUUCCUUUAUGCCGAUUUACUCGCCGGACAUGCCGGGCCGACUGCCGAUCCGGGACGUGGUAGGCGGGCUCGUGACGUCAGUCGCGUCAGCUGUGAAGGACUGGCUCCACUAUACAUUAGUAGCGCUCGCCUGGCUCGGCAUAGUGCCACUCACGGCCUGUAGGACCUACCGCAGCUUGUUCCUGGGCUCCCUGGACCCUGUAAUCUCUUUACCAUUUGACAUAGUAUCAGCUGAGAACCUGGCUAAGGAUGUUUUCUCAGGCUGUUUUGUUGUGACAUGUACUUUAUUCUCAUUUAUUGGCCUGGUAUGGCUACGAGAACAGAUAAUGCAUGGAGGAGGCCCUGAUUGGAUGGAACGGGAGAAUAUUCCACCUCCUGCUGCUGAAGAUGCUCCGUUACCUGAUAAUAACAAUGACAGGGUGAAUGAUGGAGCAGGGGAUGACGGGGGAGCUAGGGAGGAGGCCCCAGAAGCUGCAGAAGGGGAUUUAAUAGUUGGGGAUGAAGCAAAUUGGAACCCUAUGGAAUGGGAUAGAGCAGCAGCGGAAGAGUUGACAUGGGCGCGUCUACUGGGCUUAGAUGGCUCUAUGGUUUUCUUGGAGCAUGUAUUCUGGGUGGUGUCACUAAAUACAUUGUUUAUAGUGGUGUUUGCAUUCUGCCCCUAUCAUAUAGGGAGAUUGGGGGCAGCAAUGGCUGGGUUUAACGCAGAUGGGCCAUUCUCGGGGCCGCUGACAGCACUAGCAGGCUAUGUGCUGGUCGGAGCCAUCUUGGCCGUGCUGCAUGGGGCAGCGUCGCUGCUCCGCCUCCGCAGUGCGAAGAAGGCGCUGGGAUUCUGCUACGUGGUAGUGAAAGUGGCUUUGCUGUCAGUUGUGGAGAUCGGAGUGAUCCCGCUAGUAUGCGGCUGGUGGCUGGACCUCUGUUCCCUCUCCAUGUUUGACGCCACCCUCAAGGAUCGCGAAGCCAGCCUCCAAGCCGCCCCCUGGACCCUCAUGUUCAUCCACUGGCUUGUCGGCAUGGUCUAUGUUUACUACUUUGCUUCGUUCAUACUGCUACUAAGAGAAGUACUGAGGCCUGGUGUGCUUUGGUUUUUGAAGAACUUGAAUGAUCCUGAUUUCAGUCCAGUGCAGGAAAUGAUCCACCUAUCAGUAUGGAGCCACAUCCACCGUCUGGUCGCGUCGGCCAUGAUCUUCGGCACGGCCGUGCUGUUCAUGCUGUGGCUGCCCAUCCGCGUGAUCAAGCACGCGCUGCCCGGCUUCCUGCCCUACGCCGUGGCCGUGCACGCGGAGGCGCCCGUCAACGAGCUCAGCCUGGAGCUGCUGCUGUUGCAAGUGAUCCUUCCCGCUUUGCUCGAGCAGUCGCACACUCGCACCUGGCUGAAGUACGUGGUGCGCUUGUGGUGCGGACUGGCGGCGGGCGCGCUGGGGCUGCGCUCGUACCUGCUGGGCGAGGCGCGCGGCGAGCCCGACCCCGCCGCGCCGCAGCCGCACCCGCCGCACCAGCUCGGCGCCGCGCACCAGGUCAGUCUCUGUCUGCAGUACGUGGUGCGCUUGUGGUGCGGGCUGGCGGCGGGCGCGCUGGGGCUGCGCUCGUACCUGUUGGGCGAGGCGCGCGGCGAGCCCGACCCCGCCGCGCCGCAGCCGCACCCGCCGCACCAGCUCGGCGCCGCGCACCAGGCCUUAAUGCGCCGCGACGGCCCGGCCGGCUACGAACCAUAUGUCCGCGUGGCGUGGUUCCCGCUACGGCUGGCCGCUUUGCUCGUCUUGGUGUCUUUGUCCUUGGUGCUGGCUAGCGCUCUCACACUGGUGAUUCCAGUGGCGAUAGGCAGAAAAGUUAUGGCGCUAUGGCUGCCUAAAGCGUCAGAAGGUGUACACGAACUUUAUACUGCUGCAUGUGGCAUGUACGUGUGCUGGGCGCUGGGCCGCGGCGGCACGCUGCUGGCGGGCUGGGCGCGCGGCGGGCGGCGGGCGCUGCUGGCGCGCGCCGCCACGUGGGCGCGCAUCGCCGCGCGCGCCGGCGCCGCCGCGCUCGCACUGCUCGGCCUGGUGCCGCUGCUGUUCGGCCUGCUGCUCGAGCUGGUCCUAGUGAUUCCCCUCCGAGUACCACUUGAACAAUCCCCAGUGCUAUUCGUGUGGCAAGACUGGGCGCUCGGCGUGCUGUACACGAAGAUCGUGUGCGCGCUGACAAUGAUGGGACCGGACUGGUCCAUGCGGCGCGCUAUUGAGAAGGCGUACAGGGACGGCAUACGAGAGAUGGAUCUUAAGUUCAUCCUGACGGAGGUGGCGGCGCCGAUCGUGUGCUGGCUGGGGCUGGCGCUGGCGGUGCCGUACGCGGUGGCGCACAGCGUGGCGCCGCUGCUGACCAUGUCGCCGGCGCAGCGCAACCUGCUCGCGCGCCGCGUCUACCCCGCGCUGCUGCUGCUGCUUGUGCUGUCGGCGCUCGCGCAGCUGCAGAUUCGACAGUUCCGCAAAUUAUACGAGCACAUAAAGAACGACAAGUACCUCGUGGGGCAGCGGCUCGUCAACUACGACCACCGGCGACACAAACCGCAGAGCGUCGCCGCCAACUGAGCGAGACGGGCGGUGAGACAGAGAGAGAAUAGCAAGAGUUGACUGGCCAAUUUCCAUGGACGUCCUGGUUUAGACUAGAGGUUUUGUUUAUAUCAAAUAUGUUUUGAGGGUAAUAGGUUGAGAUUACCGUAAAAUAUACCAAUUUUAGAUAAAAUGAUAAUUUAAAAAAAAUGUGAGACAAUGAUAGAGUUCCAAGUGGUAUUUAUGUCGGCGGCCGAUCGUAAGAUCCGGCAGAUCGUAAUGUUCCUGUGUAAUGUUUUUAACGAUAGUCACAUUAAACCAAUAUAUAGGUAGGAUAGGUUCGUUAGGUUGCUUCAGAUGCCCCAAGGGUAAACUGCCCAGAAAUAGGAGCCCCGUUCCGUCGACUCAGAGAACGAGUCAAAGAUUUUCACGUUUCACGAUAUGCCUAGGAGUUUCACGAUAUGCCUGAUCUUACGAUCGGCCGCCGACAUUUAUACGUCAUAAUUUCAUGAUGUUUCGUUGAAGUUUGACGUUUAAAAUAGAACUUGCCCCGCGUGUGCUAUCGAAAUCGUUGCAUACUUGUCUUGGUCUUAUGUGUUAGGGUUAAAACAGUCCAAUUUCUCUCCUUUUGAUUUUACGGUAUACUCAAUAACAAUAUUACAGACUGCUCCUCCAAUUAUUAAAAGAUUACUUCAAUAGAGGUCCUCGUGUAUAAUGGAAUAGUUAACUACUUAAUGCACUCUAUUUCAUAAAUUACUUAUAAUUAUUUCCUUUAUAAAUUAAAUUACUUAUAAUUAUUUCCUUUAUGACGUUUGUCGACGUACCUUUCUGUAGCUAACUUAGUUUUGAGUUAAAUUAUAAAUUUUAUUGAUUGUGAUUGGGCUAGGAAAUGAGCCGGAAGAAAUUAAAUUUGAUUUUUUUUAUUAAAAGACAUUAGAGUGAGAAUGUGGUUUUCGGGAAUUGGACAUUAGUGAAGUAUGGGGGGUGGAAUAAUGAAGAACGAACGACAUGAGUGAUAUAUUAUAAACACGUAUAAAAGUUCUUUUCGAAUGGCCAGGCAAGGCGUACAAACAGCAACACUGGACCUUAUUACAAAAGGCAUAAGGUCCACAGUUAAGAAUGUGGACGAUGGUACUAUGCGAUAAACUAAUGUGUCUGACCAUGGGGCUUUAAUUCCAGGGCUUAAUUUUACUCGCUAAACUGAGCUACUUUUACUAUGGGACCAACCCUAAAACCGGGGAAAAAUUUUAGGCUUUUCCAUAGAAAACGUCGACAUCUGAUCAGCCAAAAUAUAUGAAAAAGUAAAAAAUAAAUUCGGGAUACGGGGUUGGUGCCAUAACAAAAGUAGCUCAGUUUAGCGAGUAGAAUCGAGCCCUGGAUUUAAAGCCCGGUGGUCAGUAACACCCUGUAUUAUUGUUUCCUUUCUGCCUCGAAAAGCACCAUGGUAUGCUGUGGCAACAUUUAAACUAGACUUUCCGCGUGGUUUUAAAAUACAAAAGAAAUUAUAGACUGAUCAAAAAUACUAAUAAAUUAAAUGAGUUUAAAUUAAUUUAAAUGGAUUAAUCUAUGUGAAAUUUCGGUGAAGGAAAACAUCGUGAGGAAACCGGGCUAAUCCCAAUAAGGCCUAGUUUACCCUCUAGGUUGGAAGGUCAGACGGCAGUCGCUUUCGUAAAAACUAGUGGCAAAAUGCCGGGACAACGCGAGGAUGAUGAUGAUGGAUUCAUCUAUGUAUUUAGGUACGAUGCUUUAUUUAUUUAAUAUUUUUAUGUGUUCUAGUUUCUUAUUAUUUUACAACAUAUAAUAUACCAAAUGAACAAAAGUAAGAAUUUUGGACUACUUUCAUUGUGUAAGCCUAUGUGAAUAUUCGAUUUAUAUAUUUUUCUUGGUGUAUUUUUGAUGAGGCUAUAAUUAAAUAUAUUUUAAGUACAAUUCGAUGUUGGGAGAUGUAUCUAACAAUGAUGUAUUUUUUUAUGUCUAUGUAUUUAUUAGUAUUUAAGUGCACCUCCCAACCGCUUUACCUUGGCUGUUUUGUUGGUACAAUUUUAAAAUUAACGGUUUUAAUACCUUUGAUAAGCCAAUUUUCAAAACCCUAUUUAUGUAGCUCUAGUGAUUUUCACUGAGGUUUUAAACAAUGUUUUGUUAAGGUGGUUCGCUUUUCAUACAAAAUUCAAUCAAAGCUCAUUAAGUAACUACACACUAUUAGUACACAAAUAUUUCCGCAUUUAUCUUCUUUCGAAUAUUCGUUUGCGCGAAAUUAACAGGAAAACAAUGUUUCAUACAGAAAUCAUGCAAAAAUCAUAGUUAACUUUUCAUCAAUUUUACGUAUGUGUGUGUCACAAAUGUCGUGUACAGAUACAUUUGCGACGUUGCCAUACCAUUUCCGACGUUGCCGGGCUGACCACGGCUCGAAUUUGGAGUGCCGUCAUGUUUAGUGCAAUUUUGUUGACACUGAUAUUUGACAGGUAGUUAAUUGACCUAAGCGAGAAGUUCGUCAGCUUAGCUAAGAACUAUCAUGGCGUGUUAUGCAAACAGUCGCUUUUUUGCUUGCAAACGGAAGAUUCCCGGUUCGAUCCCCAGUCAUUGUAUGCUGGAACAUAACUUUUUGUAUUUUUGUUACACCUAAAUUUCGUACUGUUUUUUUAUUUUUAUUUAAUUUUUCUUAUUAUCAUAAAUCGAUUAUUAAGUAUGGGCUACACUUAUUCUUUUAUUUUUACAAAGAUAAUUAUAAAUUAUACUCUUCCUAAUCUCUCUGAUUUUUACAAUCAGGACAUCCUCACUGCA